AUGCGUAAACGAAAACCUGUACUCUGGCAUCUUGUAUUAAACAACCCGUACAUGGUGUUAUUAAUAUUUGCAAAUUUGGAUAUGACAACACUGUUUGGAAGUUGUAGUUUGGUGUGUAGAGAAUGGUAUGAAUUGUUUUUUGAUCCGAGUCUUGAUGAUGAUUGUGGCUCGAGAGAACAGAACCAUCAUCAUGAAAGGACCAAUGAUGAAUCAUUCCGCAAAUCUCUUCUCAAAAUUGUGUAUUUAAAUUGUAUGGCCCAAACGAUGGGAUUGAAAAAGCAAUGGAAUCAUUAUUAUGCAUUGGACGAUGAAGUAUUUUUACAUUUUGAUGAAAUUAAAUCGGUCCUAUUGAAAAACGAUGAGUUAGCUGCGUUUUCUCAAUUGCUCUCCAAAUCGGACAGGAAGAAGAAGAAGAAGCAGAACACUUGUAGAAAAUAUCUGACUAUUAAUUCCGUUUGUGAACUCAUUCCAAUGAUUAGAUAUCCAUACAAAGCCUUGAAAUUUUCGAACGAAAAUUCGAGACUGGUAAAAACCACUCAACAUACUCAAACAAACGUGAAAUCUUUUCCUCUUACCCGUUGGAAAUUUGCAUUGAGAAAUGACUGUAGUUUUUCGAUUUGCCAUUAUUUAAUGGCUCAUACUUUUCGAGUUGACACAAAACUACGCUUGGACAUUACAUGUACAAUGACACAGAAGAGCCUUCUUACGACACCCAUAUCCGUGUUUAAUGAAAGGUCAAUUUCUGUCAUGAAAAUAGAAAUGGUGUAUCAUCCUCAAUUUCAAAAACGAUACAAGAACAAGUUCAAUAUCAAUGGAAAGAAAGAAUGCUACGUUUACUCAGUUUAUUUAUUAUUUGCAGCUGGAGGAAUAUUAUAUUUGAAAAAGUAUUUAAUUUGUGACUAUUUGAGCGGAAAUGUAGAUUAUGUGGAAGAUGUGAACAAUUAUUUGAAACCGUUGAAAUUGGAGAACCAGAUCUAUCGAUCUCCCUCUCAGUUUUCAUUUACAGUCGGAGAUUGGGACUCACAAACACUCGAUAUUGUCCUAUUUAUCGAUCAUGUUCGACAAAUUGUGUAUGUUUGUGUCGACAACAUGUGUGUAUGUGGAUUUACCAGCAAUGAGCAAGCUCAAAAACACAAGCUUUACUUAUAUGCACCUCUACAAGUCGUCCCUUUUGAAAGUUUCAAUUCAGAUCGUCCAUUAUUGUCUGCGUAUGCAUUUAAUGUUACAAGGGCUGCUCAACAAGAAGGUAUUACUUUGGCCAACCCCUCUCACUAUUCUGACUUUGUGUUAUUGGAACUCAAAAUGGCAUGUCACGAGGUUAGUUAUAGGGAAGAUGAAGGUUUUGUGUAUGCCGAGAAAUUCUAUGUUGCUAUUGCUAAAAAACUCGAAUGUGAUCAUCAAGAACAUCCAUACUCCAUUCAAUGGAAACGUUUCUCUCAAUUUCUGCUUUACAAGGAAUUAUCAUUCAAAAGCUAUGGAACAGAUGGUUCACCCAUGAUUUGUGCAAAAUUUAUCGAUCAGGGACGACAUCUCCAAGUCAAGGCUGACUAUUAUGAAACAUCGUACGAUGAUAAUUAUGGAAUCUAUGAGCUAACUGUUACAUAUGUCACACACACUCUAGUUUAUAAUUCCAUGUCUUGUUCAUCAAAUUUCACCUCAAUAGAAGAUUUAAAAGGUGUAAACAACAAUUUGACCUUUCCCCAUCACUUGGUAUUGGACACUUCACUGAAUUUAUGUAUACCAUCCUUUGAUCGAGCCAUGUUUGCAACGGAUGUUUUGGAAGUGCUGACCUUUGAUUUGAAUAGUAGAUGUGCGUUGAGAAUAGAUAUAUUGAAUAAGAGAUAUGAAUUGGUGUUUUUUUGA